AUGUCUGAGCCUAUCUCUCGAACCGAAGCAAGACAAGAGUCCGCAGACAUCAAAAAGAAGCAAGCCGAGAGCCUUGCGGAACUUCCCCCAAGCACCCUCCACAUCAGCCUCUAUAUGCGCUCCGACCCGCCCAUCCCAAACGACUUCCAUUGGGCCUUCUACCUCCACAAAGGCACCAGCUCCACACCAGGAGGAAACAAGUACCACGCACGAGGCAUCGGCGGCUGGUGGAUUGCGGGACACGAGGCUACAACAGGGAUAUUUGCCGAGAAUUUCCUAUGCGUGAUAAUUCAGAUUGCAACAAUUCCCCCGUCAGCGCAUGAGCGUGUGGACGAGAUUAUGAGGAGCUAUGAUGAUUCUCUCAACUCGAUUCCCGGGAUGACAUGUCGUGUGUGGAUCCUCGUCGUGCUGCGGAAACUGAUUGACGAAGGGCUUGUGCACUGUGAUAUCGGGGAGUCAGAGAAGGAUUGCUUUGAGUUUGGGAACGAGCAUAGCGCAACGGCUAGUGCUAAUGAGCAGCCUCGUCCGGUCGUCAAGUCACGGGUUUGCUCUUGA